UCCCACUUUGGUAGAGCGGCCGGCCGGCCUGGGUUAGGGACUAGGUAGGCAGGCAGAAGCUUGGGGCUGAGUGAAGAAGAGAAGCCUGGAGAGGUGGCUGACACCCUGGCCAGCCCCCGCGCCUGAUGGAGAAGAUGGCCAGAGCCUCAGAGCAGCCACGGAGGGGAGCUGUGGGGUCCCUGGAGGUUUGAGGGGAUGGGAACAGAGGGGGAACCCAGGGUGAGAGGAAAGUCCUGGAAAGGUGACAGAGGAACAGUGUACAGGUAGUGGGCAGGGUUAAGGGGAGUCACGACCCGUCUGCCAGGACUGAUCUGGCAACUCAGCCAGCCCCUCGAGAAGCCAGGCCGCCUGUCUGCCCACCAGCUGGCACAGAUCGCCUCUCCCUAGACACCCAGGAAGGGAGGGCAGUGAGGUUCCUUCAGACCCCAGCCAGCCACUCCAGCUCUACAUCCAUCUCCCAGCCAGAGGUGCUGCAUGAGGGGCCGCAGGGGCGAUCGCAUGACCAUCAACAUCCAGGAGCACAUGGCCAUCAACGUGUGUCCUGGACCCAUCAGGCCCAUUCGCCAGAUCUCGGACUACUUCCCUCGCAGGGGGCCAGGACCAGAGGCUGCUGGCGGCAGGGGCUGCGGGGAAGCCCCAGCUCAUCUGGCCCCUCUGGCUCUGGCCCCCCCUGCGGCUCUCCUUGGGGCCACCACGCCCGACGAUGGAGCUGAAGUGGACAGCUACGACUCAGAUGAUACCACUGCCCUGGGCACGCUGGAAUUUGACCUUCUCUAUGAUCAGGCUUCCUGCACUCUGCACUGUAGAAUCCUCAGGGCCAAGGGCCUCAAGCCCAUGGACUUCAAUGGCCUGGCUGACCCCUACGUAAAGCUGCACCUCCUCCCUGGAGCCUGCAAGGCCAAUAAGCUAAAAACUAAGACUCAGAGGAACACACUGAACCCUGUGUGGAACGAGGAGCUGACGUACAGCGGAAUCACGGAUGAUGACAUCACUCACAAGGUGCUCAGGAUCUCUGUCUGUGACGAGGACAAGCUGAGCCACAACGAGUUUAUCGGGGAGAUCCGCGUGCCCCUUCGCCGCCUCAAGCCUUCACAGAAGAAGCAUUUUAACAUCUGCCUUGAGCGCCAGGUCCCGCUUCCUUCACCCUCUUCGAUGUCUGCAGCGCUGAGGGGCAUUUCCUGUUACCUGAAGGAGCUAGAGCAGGCAGAGCAGGGACCUGGGCUGCUGGAAGAGCGUGGGCGCAUCCUGCUGAGUCUCAGCUACAGCUCUAGGCGGCACGGGCUGCUGGUGGGCAUCGUUCGCUGUGCCCACCUGGCUGCCAUGGAUGUUAACGGCUACUCUGACCCUUAUGUGAAGACGUACUUGAGACCAGAUGUGGACAAGAAAUCCAAGCAUAAAACAUGUGUAAAGAAGAAGACAUUAAACCCAGAAUUUAAUGAGGAAUUCUUCUAUGAGAUGGAACUCUCCACUCUGGCAACCAAGACCCUGGAAGUCACAGUCUGGGACUACGACAUUGGCAAAUCCAAUGACUUCAUAGGUGAGUGGAGGGGCCCGCCAGGUGCAGGGAGGGAAGUGAGGCAGGAGAAUGGGCACCGAUUGGCUCUGCCUGACUUGGGUGUUCUUCAGGUGGUGUGUCUCUGGGGCCAGGCGCCCGGGGAGAGGCGCAGAAGCACUGGAGCGACUGUCUCCAUCAGCCGGACACAGCCCUGGAACGCUGGCACACCUUGACCAGCGAGCUGCCCGGGGCUUUCCCUCUGGCCUGAGUGGACAGCAGCUGCCCAGCACAGGCCCUUUGGGCCGGGUCCAGUACCCAACCUUCGCACGAGUGUGUUGCACGUUUACAUGGGGUGGGAUGCCCCCUGCCCCACACUACCUGUCUUAUUUCUGUGAGUCUGUGAUGUGGGUCUGUCUUCUUGUGAGGACUGUGGAGAGCUGUGUUCACAUAUGCAAACUUUUCCUGCCUGACUUGCUGUCACCUGCAAAUAUGCAACCACCCCAUGCACAGGACCAUGUGGGGUCUCCUGCCAGUGCCCUGCCCACCCUGCUACUCCUCUCUUGGCCUCUCCAGGCUGCCCGGCCCCUGCUCCACAGGGAGGAGGUCGGAUUAGGGGAGAUUAGAGGAGGACAUUUCCAAAAGAGGAAGGACAAGGACAGAAAGAGCCAACCCUUUAAUACAGAGCCUUCGUUAAAAAGUCCCAGCCCUGCUCAGCUGCUCUUCUAAAGGAAUGGCCUCCCCAGGGUCUCUGCCUCCCUAAGGUGUGGCAGAUCCUCUUGGCCACUCAUUUAAAUAACUGUCCCCUGGAUGGGGCUGGGAUGUGAGGGCAGGCCCCUGCCACCUUCCUCGGGGACAUUUGUGCAUGUUUACGCCUUUUCUGAUUGUGUCAGUGGCCGAAGCAUGGCAACUGGGCAUCAAUAAACAUCUCUUGAGGAA